AGGGUCACCGGCCCAAGUAUUUGACGACUCGCCCACUUCCUUCCGCCUCACUCUCGGCAUGGCGCGCUGGGUGCUUGCGCUGCUGGUGGCUCCGGCGGUGGCCUAUGUGCCGGGCACUCCCGGCACCUCAGGAUUCCAUGCGCCUGCGGCGCCAUCUGUGCGAGCGGAGGCGGGCUUUGAGGAGACGGAGGGCAGCUCGGCCCUUCCCGCAGUGGCGGGCGCCUUCGGAGUCGGGGCGGUGCUCGGAUGGCUGAACUCCAGGAAGCAGCAGAUUGUGUCAGUGGCUGCUGCCGCGAGCGUUGCCGCCGUGCCGGCCGCAAACGCCAUGGUGGAGUAUGAGAACAUCCAGUUCCUGGGCGGCAGCGACAAGGUGGACAUCAACAACGCCAACAUCCAGGCCUACCGCCAGUUCCCCGGGAUGUUCCCCACCAUCGCGGGGCUGAUCGGCACCCACGGCCCCUACAAGGCGGUGGGCGACAUCUACAACAUCCCGGGCAUGGAGGAGAGUUACAAGACCACCAUCAAGAAGUACGAGGCCAACCUGGUUUGCCUGCCCGCAAACCCAGCCUAUUUCAUCGACCGCAUCAACAACGGCAUGUACCGCUGAGCAUGGACAGAGGUCAAGCACCGGUCGCCCGCAAGUGGUGCAAAGCUGGUCGCUGGCUCUUUCAGAGGGCUUGGUGGAUUGGUUCGCUGCUUUCUGUUCGGGGAGUGGGCCCA